AUGAUGGUGUUGUUGUCAAUUUUUUUUGAUAAUGGGAUAAAAUUUCUACCCAGAGGAGUUUGUGGUUGUCAGUUGUUUACGCAUGGAUCUUUUAAGUUCCCAGUGGAGAAUGAUAAUGAUAAAAAUAUAGAGACCAGUGAAACUGCUAAUUGUACUGCGUCUACUGCGAACUGGGAUGACAGAAAAGUGGACAAUAAUCCAAGUGGUUUAAAGAAUAUCAGUGUACCAGUUGUGCUGGAAAUCGAUCUACGCCCUCCAGUGAUUGGAUUAUAA